AUGAGCAACCAACGUCGGACGUCGCCAUCACCAUCCUCCGUGGCAACCACAAGGGACACGACGAAUCCCACAGGGCAGGAAAUAUUGCAAACGGCACGACUUUCGCUGGAGCUGACAAGGGCUGACGAGGUGUGGUCUGCGUGGUACAAGGAGACGGAGGACCAGUUUGUAGACUUCCAGUCCUUUGGAGACAAUAAUGAGGGUGGGCUAAACGUCACUGCAACGGCAGGAAGCAACAUCAUGAGUGGUAGUGCCCAGUUUAGCAGUUCUCACCGUACGCUCAGUGCCCGACGGGUCAGUGGGCAGUUUGAGGAGGAGGUGAUGAAGUCAUGGGAUGAGGACUGGGAGGAUGAGGAUGUCGAGGACACGUUUGACGCCAUCAUGGGGCAGAUUGGGCGCUACGAGGCUUCGAGGGCCGCUUCUGUCCUCAAAUGA